AUGUCGAUUCUAGGAGCAGGAAAUGAGUCAGAUUAUAUCGCCUUUGUCAUACGUAUGUUGUAUAUUAAUAACGUAACGGUGUCAUUUUUGGUGCGUGAUGACAAAUAUGAGCUACGCAGUGACGCUGGUGACCAAGCUACGGACGGUGGUCGCACGCAUUGGGUAAACUCCUCCCAAGUAUUUCCGAAAAUUCUGAUAACUUAUCACAUUAACUGUAUGGAUGGUGUAAUAUUUACUUCCACGAAUUCUUCUGUCGUCACGUUCUUGGCGGCAUGUCAUGAAAUCCGUCUGCGGUAUGUGUGGGCACUCUCACCCGUAUCAACGUCGGGUGCAACCUCCGUCAUCGUCAUCGUUGACACUUCCGUCACAGCCUCGCCAGAGUUCCCGCUAAGUACAAACCCAUUACUCCUUAAAUGGGAGCAGCUUCCUCUGACAUUUGUGAAUCUCUCCAAAUUUGGAACACAUUUUCUUGCUGAACCCAGAGGUCGAAAUGCGGUAAGCACGGGUGGUUGCGCGUCAAUAGAAACAUCAACAGAGAGGAGGAACAAUUUGUCAACUCGCAUUUCUUCGAUCUUCCUUCCUGAAAGGAGGGGAUCGUUCGGCCGUGACCAGUCACCGUCACUCUUGGCCUAUCAUCUUGAUGCGGGUGUAUCGACCAUUCCAAAUUGA